GGUUUUCUUCUCGCAUGAGAACCGUUUCUGACAUCAUCUUCACUUCCUUUCUUUUCCUCUCCUUAAUUCCUACUAACCUGGCUCUGGACUCUGGAGAGGAGUAUUUCGAAAAUUACAUAACCUGCUUAUCCAUAAUUUCGACUUUAAGCAGGAGAGGUUAUCGGUAGUCCUCUCUCGCACCCGGAUGCUUGCCAAUUUAGGAGAGGUCUGCGGGCGUGGAGAAGAAGGAAAGGCCAAACACUUCAGCCUUCUGAUUUCCAUGGAAGAGAGAAAGACUUCAGAAGUGAACAGGAGCAGUAGGGGAGAGCUUUGAUCGAGGACCACCGACUUAUUGCGUCCCGCUUCUGACAAAACGAGCUAUUCCUUUCACACCGCUGUCAAAUUCCAUCAGGUUUUACUAUCCCUUGCACCUCUUAUUUAAUGAUUCAUGAGUCAGCUCUCUUAUGUUCACAAGGCUUUCACAUUUACCCACCAUCUAUCAACGUCUCCAACUUCUACUAACAUAUUCAGAGUCAUCGAAACCAAUCUUCUCUUUCUGAUUUAACCUUCUUAUGUUUCUUCCGAGCAUUCGAUUGCAAUCCAAAAAAAUUUAAUCCUUGGUUUAUUGUAAGGACAUAUAAUCUCUACCAUGUUUUCCUCUUCUAUUCACCAUAUUUUAUUGUUGAGUACUCUGGUUCUCUAAUGGCUCUAAACUGAGAAAGUCAAGAUGGGGAAUGCUUUUCCUUUUAAGUUUUUGGUUGGACAUUUUAUGAGUGGAAGCAUGAAAAGCAAUUGAAGUCUAGGGCUUUUCAAUUUUCCUGGACUCAUAUCAACCUUGCUUUUCCUUUUCAGUCCUCUUUAGGACAAUUCCGAAUUUAUCAGUGAGCUAAUAAAAUAAAGCAAAUACAUAAUAGGGACAGGAGCCAAAAAUUCACUAUUUUUUGGCUUGGGAAUAUGAUGGAAUAAAGCAAAAUGGCUUACUAAACUGAUUGCGCUUCUUUGUUGAAGCAGCAGUCAGUCCAUGCAGUUUUUGAAGCGAUUUUCACCUUGGGUCAUUCGGAAACAGUCUCUCUGCCCUUUAGUAUAGGGGUACGACUGCAUACAUCCGACCCCCCCUUACCUCACCGUAGGUGGGAGCCUUUGCAUAAUGAUGAUGAUGACAUAAUACGGAUAGGAAUAGGAAUUGGAAUCUAAAUAAGAUUAAACACAGGUUCAAAAGCAACUGAAUCAAACAAACAGCCCAUUCUUGUAUGUGUGUAUAAUCAAUUAAAGAUAAAGAAACUAACCCUUUUUGUAAGUGAAAACAUGAUCUAUGCUAGAAUAAGUAUAUAGAUGUAGCAUUUCUAACAAUAUUAGUUCCCGAAAUGAAUCGUUGUAUCUGUUAUUCUGUUUACUUUCUCCAAGAACUUUUAUGAGUAGUGGGCAGGAGACAUAACUCAUUGAAUUUUUUGAAAUAACGGAACAACAUGGAAUAUUAUCAAUGAUAUAAGGAAAUGAUCUAAAAAGGACACAGUAAGAAAACUAAAAUAUGGCUCAGAAAAUCUUCAAGGGCCAUAGUUUUGCGAGCUUAACGUCAUGAAACAUAAUUCAUUUACUUAUAGGGGUUUCCCCCCUAAAAUAUCACUUAAACAAAACAUAUAGAUAGAAAUGCAAAUAAAGUUGGUGUGAGUAUAAUGCCAUGCUCACUAUGGUGAUAUGGUCUGAAACUGAACAUAACCAUAGUAACUUCUAGAGUUCACAUAUUUGUCUAUCAACUUUAUGUUAGUAAUAUAUAAGCCAUAAUUUCUUACUUUUACUUAGUAGAGUUGAACCAUAAACUAAGAUUAAGAAGCAGUUUAAUAAAAGAUAGCUAAUUUAUUGUAAAGCAAAUCUUAAACUUAAUUCACUGUGUAGCUAGUCAUAAUAUUUUAUUCCACUUCCUUAAUUUAGGACGAUGAGCGAUCUAAUUAACAUAGAAUACAUUCAAUCUUCCGGUGGAUUGAUAGUUUUGGACAUCAAUUAUAUGAUGCUAAACAGGCUUAUUGAAAUGAGUUACUAAUGAAGUUUGCUAAAACGUGCUUUUUAUGACUUUGGGCGAUAAGUUCAAAAUAGAGCUUCUUAUUUUGAAUUGGAAAUAAUGGAUGGCAUUUGAUAUCAAAACAUAUGUGUUGUUUUUCUGGCCUCAACAACCGGCAAUGGAUUGUAAAGGUAUAGUCCCUACUAGGUGAAGGAAUUUCUGGAGGUUGCUUACUUGCUUUCAUGAACUACUUUUUUUGUUUAAAUGAUGUGCAAGACAAUUUAGUGUUGAGAUAAUAACAAUGAUGACAAGAAGAAGAAAAGGUGCAUUUUUUGCUGAAUUUGUUGUUUUGUAUAAGAAGAAAAAAGGUGCACUUUCCCCUAUAUUUAAGAAAAAAAUCACCUCUCUAAAAAUGUGCAAUGGUAGAAAUAUUUUUUUAUGUUUGUUUAGUUUUUGCACCUCUAUCUGGGAUAUGAUUUUGCAACAUAGUAAUGGCACCAAAAUAAUUCCAUUUUUAAUGUAGUUCUCUUGUUCUUUCCCCUAUAUUUAAGAAAUAAUGCACCUCUCUAAGAUGCAUUUCUUUUUCUUUAGUCCUUUGGGUAGGAUUUUAAAACAUGGCAAUAGUGACAAGAUAAAUUAUUGUUUUUUUCAUGUGUUUCUUCUCAUCUUGAGUUAAAAUUUGAAAUUUCAAUACAAUGAUGGCACGAAGAAAAUGUGCACUUUUUUAAAGAUCUUUUGUUAUCUGACUGAAAGUUUUUUAUACAAGCAUAAUGAUAGGAAUAUUCUUUUAUGUUUGUUUAGUUUUUAUCUCUUCUUGGGUUGUGAUUUUAGAACAUAGUAAUGGCAGGAAAAUAAUGCCAUUUUAAACCUCUAAAUCUCAUGUUCUUGGGGGAUAAAUUUUAAAAACACACCAUUGGAUACACAAGAGAGAUUUUAGUUUUUUGUUCUCUUAGGCUAUAUGUUUUAAAAACAUAACAGACAAGGAAGUAUGCCUAUUAUUGGCUUCUAUGCGAAUCUUUGUUGAUGCAAUAUCUUGCAAUGUUUGCACAUUUUAUAUGGUACUAAAUGAUAUUGUUGACUUCCAACAUGAAACUAACCGUGUGGUGCGAAACCUAACAGCAGGAAAUGUUUGCCACUCUACAUAGUAAAGUGGGUAAAACUUUCACUUUAGCCUUCUUUAGUCAUGAAAAUAGAUACAAAGUGAAGGGGGUGCCCAGAAAAGUAGUUAAAUUAGAAGACAAGAAUAAGAAAAGGUUCAUAUUUUGUUUAAUUUGUUGUUUUUGAUAAAAAGAGAAAAAGGUGCACUUUCCCCUAUAUUUGAGAACAAAAUGCACGUCUCCAAAAAUUAAAUUUUGAGUAUUUUAUUUAUCAACUAUUUCUACUAUUGGCCUAUAAGAUGCACUUAUUUUUCUUUAAUCCUUCAUUGGGUAUUAAUUAAAACAUGAUAAUAGCAAGAAAUCAAGGAAAAUUUUGAUAUAAUUUUCAUAUUCAAAAUAAUUUCUUAUUAAAAGAUAUCAUUGUUCAAAGUUGAUUGUCAUUGACAAAAAAAAGUCAAUUUGACGAACCUUUUCGGGACGGAGGGAGUAAUGUUUUUACUCAAUUCAUUAAAACUAUUUUUUAUAAUACAUAGUAUUUGAUUUUUUAGAGUACAUGAAUAAUGCCGAGUAAUAUUUAUCUGGUAUUCUGGUCUCGUAUAUACUUCUCCUCACUUGAAAACUAAACACAAAUACUCUUCGGCCAUUUAGAGUCCUGGUCCUGUAUCUUUAUUCUUUUAUUAUUUCUGAAUUUAUGUUGCUACUUGUGGACGAAUAUAUAGGGAAAACUGUCAAUUACGCCCUCGUACUCUGCGUGAACCAUCAAUGACGCCCUCGUACUAUGCGAAAACCCUCAAUUGAACCCGCCAAGUCUCCAAAAUCAGUCAAUUAGGUCUACAUAACUGGUUGCUUCCCAGUUUUCCAGUUGCUUGUUCACCUGGCGCUGACGUGGACGUCGCCUACCGGUCUUCCAAAGCUGAGUCAACUAAUAUUUUACACAUCACUUAACCGGUGAAGCCAUUGAAGGAAUUUAGGGGGGUUGCCGCCAUUGCCGGGAUUGUUCUUGUUCCAGACUUCUAUUGGACUUGGCGACAUCGCAGAGCACGGAAGUGUACCUUCCCGCAGCCAUCUUGGUGUCUUAGCCAUUUUCUCAACAAGCAAACUACCUCCGACACAGAGGAUCGGAAGAGUCUUCUAGAAGCGUCGAGCCUCCAGAGAAGGAGAGCCUCGUCGUCAGAGCUGCGAGGAUUUCACCUAAGGGCAUCAAGCACAAGUAGAAUGUAAAAGAUGGCGGGAGGAGGACGGCGGUGAUUAAAAGUCCCCGGCGAUGGCGGGUGCAGUCCCAGGAGGCCGGCGUACCUGGGAUCUGGGAAGGAAGAGAACGAGAGGAAAAGAAAGAAAGGAAAAGAAAAAGGAAAAAGAAUAAGAGGAAAAAAUAGCAAGGAAACGAAAAAAUUGCCAUGCGGGACUGCCACGUGGACUGCGACACGUGAAUGUAACCGGAAAACCGGCAGAUGUCCUUCUAAAUUGCUUAAUUGAGUGUUUUUUAAGUACAAGAGUUCAAUUGAGUGUUUUUAAAGUACGGAGACUUAAUUGACAUUUUGUAUUGUACGGGGCUAAAUUGACAGUUUUCCUGGAAGGUGAGGUAUAAUGUCCUUCUAAAUUGCUUAAUUGAGUGUUUUUGACAUUUUGUAUGAUGCUUUCCCGACAGAGAUGCUAGAAGGUGAGGUAUAACUCCGGCAGUUUUGGCGAUCAUCUUUAACACCUCGUAAGUGUUGUAACUUUUAUUUUUAUUCCUGAUUCAGAAAGAGCAUUUUUGAGGAUGUGAGAUAUGCAGUCUCCUAAACUGUCAGUUUUUUGUUCGGAAAUGGUUCUAUUACGGAAGCUUUGCUCAAAGGAUACACUGGGCUGAUUGAUGUUGGAGCUCAUGCGCCGGAAAUGGUGAAUCUAGCAGCUUUUGUUGGUUGUUUUUUUUGCUUCAUCAUUUUCAUUUUCAUUUACCCCAGUGCCGCAAAGGCUCCCACCUACGGUGGGGUAAGGGGGGGUCGGAUGUACGCAGUCUUACCCCUGCACUAAAGCACAGAGAGACUGUUUCCGGAUGACCCAUUAUUAUUUUGUUUUUUUGCUUGAUGCUCAUUAUUAUUUAUGAACUCAACAUGCUCUGUUUUUUAGAUUUAGUUGUUGCUGAAAUAGACUUGUGCACGGGCUUGUUGCUGAAACAGUGAGUAACAAUGACGUAGAACAACAUAACAAAUUAAAAUAAACAUUGCAUUUGCAUUGAUACGGGAAAGAAUGAACAAAAUAUUGUGUUUAUCAACACAUUUAGGUCAAACCUAUAAGGUAAAGUAUGAAAUAAGGAAGUACACAUUGUGUUGUGCACACUUAGAUUUAAUCUAAUAAGUACCUAAUAUAGAAAUGACAUAUUUGUAGAAGUGAUUAAAGAACCACUGUAGAUACUAUGUAUUAUCUUAAAAGGUUAAGUAAAAAACACAGGCCCUCCAUUAUGUUUUACACCAUCUCUCAUGCACAAUUUUUGUGUCUCUUUGCCGUUCUUUGAAGUGUUUCACCAUUCAUCUUGACUCCUACUAUGCGUUCAUCAAUGGAGCUCAAAUUAUCCGUUAGAAUGAGGCUGACAUACUACAAAUAUCUCCCUUCAUUGUUUACAUUUCCCUUGUCACAAUAGUACACGUUUUCUUUCCAUUUUUCUCGAAAUUGACGAUAAAUUGUUUUAUACUCCGUAUAAAAAAGUACGUACAAGGACCAAGUUUGUACAUACUGACCCUGGCGCAGGAAGUCUCUCCAGUUCCUUCUAACCUGAAAACUUCUUCUGGUUUAAUCUUUCAAACGAUCAAUGUAAAGCCGCCUUUCUUUGAUCCAUCAUUGUGACCUUGAACCAAGCAAAUCACUCGUUUUACUGAAUUUAAAUUCUCUGUAGGAACCCAAUCAUCUUCUUCCUUUAUCGAAUAUGGGAUUAAAUUUGUAUGCAAGAAUUUUCUAAAAGUGUGUGUGCAGGUUGUAUCCAAGAAACUGCUAAAUUGGAACUGCAUAGAAACCGCCAGAGACACAGAUUGUUGCCAUGUGUAGAGAUCAGAUAACUUCUCGUGUUUGAUUUUUAUUGUGGCAAACGUCGUGCAAGUUAUUCUUGACAUGAGAUUUACUGCUGUCAUUUUUAUUACCUAAUCAGUUUCUGCCACGUGUCAAAUGUAAUCCUAGGCUGAGACAGGUUGCACCAGACGAUCCUGUUUUUAUAUAUAUAAAGAUUAGGAGAAGUAUGGAAUUCUAUAGUAUUGGGUAAUCUCAAGGAGUGACUUAACCUCACUCUAAUGACGACAAGGAGGAACAUGAGAAGCUCCAUAGUCCAUAGCCGUGGGCCCUUGGCCACCAAAAAAGUAUUCCUUUCCUCCCCACAAAGUUCAAGAAUUGAAGCUUUUUCAGUUGAGGGGUUUUUCAAGGCCCCAGAGACUCUCACCAAAACUAAUACUAUGAUGUCAUCGAUAAAAUACCAAGCAGCUGACGAAGGUAUUGACAAGAGCAUAUACACAAUCCUGACUGUGGACCGCUGGGAAUCAUUAAACAAGAUGCGUUAUAAGAUGGCUUCACUAAGGCCAGUUCAUGGGAGGCUAACUUUGAAAUUCUUGAAAUGGUUUAUAAAACAACCAGGUUUAGAGAUUGACCACAUUAUUCACAUGCACUGUAUCACUGCCCACAUACUUAUAAGAGCACGGAUGUAUGAUUCUGCUAAGUCAAUUUUUAGUGUAUGAUGUUUUAAUAAGGGUUUAUGUGAGAGAAGGAAUGGUUAAGGAUGCUUUAGAGGCAUUCUAUUGGAUUGGUUGUCAUGGAAUAACUCCGUCGGUUCACACUUGUAACAUGAUUCUUGCAGCGAUUGCCAGGUUCCAAGAUACUACCGAGUCCGUUUGGUCAUUCUUCAAGGAAAUGCUUGCAAAAUGUAUAUGCCCCAAUCUGAAGACAUUUAACAUACUCUUGCAUGUCCUGUGCUCAACUGGAAAGCUUAAGAGAGCAAAUCAAUUGCUUAAUAUGAUGGAGGAGAGUGGAUACAUUCCUGAUGUAGUUACUUACAAUACUUUGCUAAAUUGGCUUUGCAAGAAGGGAAGAUAUAAUUCAGCAUAUGAGCUGAUUGAUCGUAUGGCUUGUAAAGGUCUUGAAGCUGAUAUUUGUACAUAUAACAUGCUUAUAGAUGAUUUAUGUAAGAACGAUAGGAGUGCAAAAGGGUAUUUGCUUUUGAAAAAUGUGAGGAAGAGAUCUGUAAUUCCAAAUGAAAUCACGUAUAACACCCUGAUCAAUGGAUUCAUGAAAGAGGGAAAGAUUGGAGUGGCGAUGAAGGUUUUUCACGAGAUGAAGAGUCUGAAUAUGUUGCCAAACCUUGUCACUUUCAAUGCUUUGAUUGACGGGCACUGUCGGGUGGGCAUGUUUGAAGAAGCUUCUGGACUUCUGGAGGAAAUUGAAGCAAGGGGAUUACAUCCCAAUGAGUUGAGCUACGGGUCUAUCUUGAAUGGGUUUUGCCGAUGUGGAAAGAUUGAUUCUGCAAGAUAUAUAUUUAAGAGGAUGAGGAAGGAUAACAUACCUCUCAAUCAUGUAUCCUACACAAUUCUAAUUCAAGGGCUAUGCAAAAGGGGGAUGAUUGAAGAAAGCCUAAAACUUUUCAAUGAAAUGGUUGGGAGUGACAUAUGCCCCGAUGUUAUUGCAUACUCAGUUCUUGUAAAUGGGCUUCUCAGAGCUAGAAGGAUAAAGCAGGCAAAAGAGAUGAUGUGUAAAAUGUACAAAAUUGGAGCUUUUCCGUAUGAAUACAUGCACCGUAACUUACUUUACAACUUCUGCAAGCAGAACAGUAUCUUCCAAACUAUGAAACUCUUCCAAGUGAUGCUGGAAAAUGGCCAUGAUGCUGACCUGUCUCUAUACAAUACACUCAUUUCUUGUCUUUGCAGAUGCGGAAAGGUACAGGAUGCAGAGGAUUUCAUGCGUCACAUGUUAAGAAUUGAUCUUGUACCCGGUUCUGCUUGUUUUGAUUCUCUGAUUUCCGGCUAUGCAAAUAUAGGAGAUAACUUCAAACUUUUAUCAUUGAUUGAUGAAAUGGCCAAAUUGGGAAACCAGCCUACCCUUUACACGUAUAAAGGGGUAUUAAAGGGACUAUGCAAAGGAGGAAACUUUACCGCGGCAGUCAAGUUGUUUGAUGGACUAUGUCAAUCUUCUCAUUCUGUCCUUGAUGUAAGUAUAUACAAUACAUUGUUAGCUGAGGCAUGUAGAUUAGGAUAUCUCCCUAUGGCAUUGGUAAUUUUUAAUGAUAUGGUGCAUAACCAUGUGAUACCUGAUGGCUAUACAUAUGCUAAUAUCAUAGCCGGAUUGUGUAGAAAUGGUAAAGUAACUUCUGCAAUUAUUUUAUUGCCGAAAGCAUUGGAAAGAGGAACAUUGCCUUCUAACCGGUUGAUGUAUACAAGUGUAAUAGAUGGGCUUUUUAAGAUGGGUUUACCAAAGGUUGCCUCUUGUUUCUUUGAUGAGAUGAUUAAGCAAGGGCUGAGACCAGAUGCUAUGGUGCUAAACACAAUGAUAGAUGGUUACUCAAUGAUUGGUCAAAUGGAUCAAGCAAAUAGAUUUUUCUCAAUCAUGAAGGUCAAUUUUUUAUCUCCCAAUAUUGAUACAUAUAAUAGCUUAUUACACGGUUAUGCAAAAUUGCAAAAUAUAUCAGAGUGCUUUGGAUUAUACUGUUCAAUUUCAAGAAACGGCCUCACCCCAGAUAUGUCAACCAGAAAAGCUUUGAUCUUUGCACUUUGUGAGUCACGUAUGUUGGAUGUUGGGGUUAAGUUUGUAAACAAAAUGAUAAUGGAAGGAGCGGUAAUAGAUAAAGCUUCAUUCAACAUGAUAAUCGCGAAAUAUAGUGAGAGGGGGGAGAUGCAGAAAGCAUUUGAUGUGGUGACUAUUAUGAACUUAGUGGGCGGUUUUCAACCAGAUGCUGAUACUUACGAAUCAAUACUUAAAGGACUAAGAAGAAUGUCUGAUUUCCAAACUUCUCGUGCCGUCUUUCAUGAAAUGCUGAAAAAUGGUUUCAGGCCGACUGAUAGACAGUACGUCAGUGUGGUUAGUGGUAUGUGUAGGGUGGGAGAUGUACAACGAGCAUUCCAGUUUAAGGAUGAAAUGGAAUCUCUCGGCAUCAGGUCCCGUGAUAUUGCUGACAGUGCUAUUGUUAGAGGUCUUGUGCGCCGUGGGAAGACGGAGGAAGCAAUGCUUGUUCUUGAUUGUAUGCUAAGAGUCCAACUUGUUCCAACCAUUGCAACGUUUACAACACUAAUCCAUGGGUUUUGCAAAGAAUCUAAAGUUUCUGAGGCUUUGAGUUUGAAAAAUGCAAUGGAAGUUCACGGGGUGCAGCCUGAUGUUGUUGUUUAUAAUGUACUAAUCACGGGCCUUUGUGUUAAUUGCGGAUUAGAUUGCGCAUUUGAUUUGUACAAGGAGAUGAAGCAAAGAGGUGUUUGGCCUAACAUUACCACAUAUGUUGUUCUUGUUAAUGCAGUUCAUUCGGAUAAUGAUCAGGGGAAGGGUGAACAACUUAUAAUGGAUCUUCAGGAAAGAGGACUGAUAGGGCACAAGCUAAGUUCAGAAGCUCCUAUACAUCAAAGAUUGACAGUUGUGAUGCAGAGGCUUAACUUAAUGAGGAAGAAAAGGACACACAGUAGUAGCAGAGAGAGAGAGGGGGUGGCAGGCUAUUAUGUAAAUAAUUGAUGCAGAGAAGAACCAUACACACUUUUGCAACUUUUGCUUCAAAUGUGCUUCAGGAUUAACCUGGUUUGCGUGGGUGCUUACCGACAAUGGAAAAUCUGAGGAGACGUAUGGUGGACUGUCAAGCAAGGUGUGAUCUGUGUGGAAGGCGAGAAGAAUCAGUGAUGCACCUUUCGUCCGGUGUCCGAUGGCUGGAGAAGCUUGGCAAUCGGUGGGUUGGAGUCUAAUUGGAGAGUUGGCCAACACGUUUUUAGAGUGGCUGCAACAAGUAUUUCAAGCUAAGAAAAUGGAAGAGUUGCAGACCUUGGUGUGGGGUUGCUGGGAAUUGUGGACUGAAAGAAACCAGAGAGUAUGGAAGGGGGCAAGGCUAAGUGCUGCUCAGCUUAUGUUCAAGGCUAAAGCUUAUGUGGAAGGAUGGAUGCAGGUGCAACAAACAACCUGCAGCAAGGAAAAGAGGGGUCUCUCAUGCAACCCUUGCUGGAAACGACCAGCAUCAGGAUGGGAAAAAAUCAACUUCAAUGCUUCUAUGGGUCGAGUGUGCUUCGAACUAGGUUGGGUUGUCCAAGACGAGUUUGGAGGGUUCUUAGCAGGAGGAGCUAAACCUUGGUGGGGUAAAUGUACUCCUUUGGAAGCUGAAUUAUUGGCAAUUAGGGAAGCUUUGACCUGGCUGAAGAACUAAACUUGAGACUCGGUGAAGGUGGAGUCAGAUUCGUCAGUGGCUAUUUCUGCUACAAGAAUACAAUUCUUCGAAUUAAUUUCCAAACAUGACAGGUUUGUGGCGGGUGCUUACCAACAAUGGAAAACCUAAUGAGACUUAUGGUGGAGUGUCAAGCAAGGUGCUUACCAACAACGGAAGAGUCAGUGAUGCACCUUUUUGUCAGGUGUCUGAUUGGAGAGUUGACCAACACGUUUUUAGAAUGGCUGCAACACGUAUUUCAAGCUAAGAGCAUGGAAGAAUUGCAGACCUUGGUGUGAGUUUGUUGGUGAUUGUGGACUGAAAGAAACAAAAGAGUAUGGAAGGGGGCGAGGCUAAGUGCUGCUCAGCUUAUGCUCAAGGCUAAAGCUUAUGUGGAAGGACGGAUGCAGACGCAACAGAGAACCUGCAACAAGGAAAUUAACGGCCUCUCGGCAACCUGUGCUGGAAACUACUGGCAGCACCCUGGAAAAAAUUAAUGUCAAUGCUUCUACGGGUGGAGUGUGCUACGGACUACGUUGGGUUGUCCGAGAUAAGUUCGUGAUGUUCUUAGCGGAAGGAGCUAAACCUUUAUGGGAUAAAUGUAUUCCUUUGGAAGCUGAACUAUUGGGGAUUAGGGAAGCUUUAAUCUGGCUGAAGAAUCAAACUUGGUAUUCGUUCUGAACUAACAAGAAUGAAUACCAUCUUUGUCUUUAACAAGAAUGAAUACCAUAAUACUAGUAUUAUAACUGUCAUAGCAAUUGGCAACUAGCUCGAGAAAACUCAACUUCAUUCCCUUUAAUUUUACUCUUCAUUAGCAAACAUUUUAACACACAACUAUGGCCGAAGUGAAUAAUGUCUAAUUCUUCUCUUCUUUGAAAAAGCUG